ACAGGUCUUUGUUGUCUGAAUAAAAAUCCGUGGCAGCUCCAGGGAGAGAACUCCUCCUACUAAAUUAUCAAAAAUGGGCUGGCUUUAGUCUCUUAACAAAUUGGACACAGCUCCGGCAGGAGCAGUCCCCAACCCAACCUACAGGCACUGGGAACUUGCAAGCAGCCAGGGACCGCUGAAAAUAGCACUUCGUCUUCUUUCUUUGUGUUCAAAACUAUUUUCUUUCUUCACCAGAUUUUUGUUUUCCUCCCCCCCCCCCGCAGUUGUUUCCCAUUAGUAACUCGAUCUCUCGUAGCAGUAAGAUUCGCCUUCGCCUUUCCCCUCCGCCCGUGUUUGUUUGUUUUCUGCACAUCUCCUUCAGGGAGACGCCAGAGUCCCCCCACCCCGCCUAUUUUUCCCCCCUCUUUCCCUCUGCAAGUAGGCCUAUUUUCACUUUGUCUGACUCUUUCUUCUUUGCUCUCUGCCUCUUGCCCUCUGUCCCCGCGCGCCUCUGCGUUCCAACAUCGCGCAGCCCUCUGCGGUCCCUUUUGCCCCAGCACUCGGAUGAGCUGAGAACCCCGGGUGUGUGUUUAUGGAAAUAGUGGGGUGCCGAGCAGAAGACAAUUCGUGUCCUUUCCGCCCCCCAGCCAUGCUCUUCCACGGGAUCUCCGGAGGCCACAUCCAAGGCAUUAUGGAGGAGAUGGAGCGCAGAUCCAAGACCGAGGCCCGUCUGGCUAAAGGCACUCAGCUCAACGGCCGCGACGCGGGCAUGCCCCCUCUCAGCCCCGAGAAGCCGGCUUUGUGUGCUGGCUGCGGGGGCAAGAUCUCGGACAGGUACUACCUACUGGCCGUGGACAAACAGUGGCACCUGAGGUGCCUGAAGUGCUGUGAAUGUAAGCUAGCUCUGGAAUCUGAGCUCACCUGCUUCGCCAAGGACGGUAGCAUUUACUGCAAGGAGGAUUACUACAGAAGGUUCUCUGUGCAGAGAUGUGCCCGCUGCCACCUUGGCAUUUCUGCCUCUGAGAUGGUCAUGCGUGCCCGAGACUCUGUCUACCACCUGAGCUGCUUCACCUGUUCUACCUGCAACAAGACUCUGACCACAGGCGACCAUUUCGGCAUGAAGGACAGCCUGGUGUACUGCCGCGCCCACUUCGAGACCCUCUUGCAAGGGGAGUAUCCUCCACAGAUGAGCUACACGGAGCUGGCGGCCAAGAGUGGCGGCUUGGCCCUGCCUUACUUCAAUGGCACCGGCACGGUGCAGAAGGGGCGGCCUCGGAAGAGGAAGAGCCCAGCGCUGGGAGUAGACAUCGUCAAUUACAACUCAGGUUGUAAUGAGAAUGAGGCAGACCACUUGGACCGGGACCAGCAGCCUUAUCCACCCUCUCAGAAGACCAAGCGCAUGCGAACUUCCUUCAAGCACCACCAGCUCCGGACCAUGAAAUCCUACUUUGCCAUCAACCAUAAUCCGGAUGCCAAGGACCUCAAGCAACUUGCUCAGAAAACAGGCCUGACCAAAAGAGUUUUGCAGGGAGAACAAAUCUUGGGGCAUUACAGCCAAACAUCCCGACGUUUGAAAAUUCCCUAAAGUAUUAAAAGAAGGGGAAAAGUUUGAUCGGAAAUCCACUGCAGUGAAGACAAAGACACUAUUAGGUUAUGAUAAUCAUACAUUUAAAAACUUAUUGAGCCAAAAAAAAAGAGAGAGAGAGAGAGAGUGAGACAUAAAUGUCAUUUAUUGAAUGUUAACAAAACUUCUGUUCUUUAUGAUGUCUAACACAAAUGAAGGCUUAAAAUUAUGUGGUUUAAAAACACUAGAUAAACCUGUAUUAACCAGAGCAACCUGGCAGUAAUAUGCCCACCCCAUAUUUGAAGAAAAUUAUUAUUGAAAAAAUUCCCACACAUUUGUCAAGCAACAAUAACUGUAAAAUAAAGUCCAAAAACAUUCAUUUCUCCUGCUUGCUAAUGUGUAUUAGUCCUAUCUGUUAAUGGCAUUUUUCCAAUUGUAAAUUCAAAGAAAAGCUAUCACUCAUUUAAGAGUAUAGGGAUCAAACCCCAGUAAUUUUAGUAUUAUUGUUUAUUACUUCCUUUUUAAACAGAAGUCUCUGCAUGCACUUUUACAUCUGUCACCUCUAGUGUACAUCUCUGUAAUGAUGACUUAUCUUUGCUGUUUCUUGUAUGAUAAAUAGCUUUCAUUAAUAAACAUUUUAUUUGAUGCAAACAUAGUUAACUUUAUAUUAAACACACACUGUUGAAAUUAAUUUUGAACACUGUCUUAAGGAGGCAGCACAGUACAUUCACAACUUGUUAUAGUUAGGAAAAAAUCCAAACAAUUUAAUGAAGUUUAAUUCUGGUAGUCUAGGGUAAAAUUACUUACUUGCUUUUUUUUCUUUAUUUUUUCAUGACUUAUUUUCAUUUGUUGUAUUCUACUGACACAUGUAUUAAAAAUAAAAAAGCAAACCCAAGUUACAACAUAAAUAAAACUCAGUAUAAAUUAUUGUGUAAAAUUUCAACUUUUUUAGGGUAAAAUUUAUAGAUUCUCUAUGAGUUUACGUGUUUGCUAUGCAAUGAGCAGAUUUAUUGAAGUGUACAAUAUGUUCUGAACUAUGAAAAGAUCCAGUCUUUGCAUAGUUCAAGAUACUUAUGCUAUUACAAAACAAAGGAGCAAGUGGGAAGUAAAACAAAUAUUUAGAAACGAGGUUUUUUUAAUUGUUAAAGGGAGUAUUUGAAGAAAGAAUUUUUUAAACUAUUCCUAUUUAGUUGUAAAUCCAAAGCAUAUGUUAAACAAAUUAACAUAUAAAAUACUUUCCAGAAAAUUUUUCAUUAUGAUGAAAUUUUUAUUAUAUACAAAUGAACCCUAUGUAAAUGAUGUAACUUUUUAUGAAAAACAGACAUUAAAUAUUUCACUUACAUAUAUUCUCAGAAUUUUGAAUGUUUUCUUAAAUGCUUUCACUUCCUGAAUACUAAAAAAGAAAAUAAUUUAAGAGAAACAGUGACUUACUACUACUACUACUACUACUAUUAAUAAUAAUAAUAAAGCAAUGCACCGUGACAAGCAGACUAUUUUGAGUGAUCAUGAAACAUGUUGGUUUUGUCAGCAACUUGAAUGUUUAUGCCUCAUUGAAACCUCACCCAUGGCUCUAGCAACCUAGAUAGAUUUCCCAACACAUUUUCAGCCAGUUUAUUCAAAAUUUUGUCCUAUAAGCUUUGCCUUCUUUCCCUGCUCUGUCACCUAUAGCAGUUUCAUUUAGAAAUAUUUUGGAAACUUGCCUGGUUUUACAGACCUUUAAAUAUUUGUCUGGAAUGUGAAAUUCGGGAAGAGACCAAAGAGGGAAAGAACGUAACUGAAAUUAGACAUCUGAAAAAAAUAAUACAAAUUUGAAACAGGCACAUUUUUAAAAGCGAAGGAAAGGAGCACUAAUUAUGUGAGUGGGAAAAGAAAAGAGCAUGUGAUGCUGAGUUGGGAGUUGUAUCAUGCUUUCCCAUGAUGCUCAGCAGUCUUUGGGGCUGGGCAAUUGCAAAUGCCAACUAAUUGUUUAGCAUGGAAUGGGAGAAUGUGGGCUUCUUUGAUGGGGACAGGGUACCAAGUUUUUACGGCUUCUACCUCCCCAAUUCGUGGGUUAGUCUAACUUCUGGUAAAUUGAUCUUGGGCACCAAAAGCUUUAUUCAGAAUUGGUGUCUGUGACCUUUGGUUAAACAGUCAUUUUAAUGCUGACUUAAAAAAUAUAUAGGUUUUUGAUACCUCAAAUAAGAAUAAAACUUCAUAAUAAAGAAACCAAAGCGAAUAUCCUUAAAAUUUUGGAGGCUUUUCAUCACCUAAAACCUAAAUAGCUUUAUUGAACAAAAUCCCAGUGAAAUCUGAUGUAUAUUCUUUGGAGUCAAAAUUUUUUUUAUUAGAGAUAUAAAAACCUCAUCUCAUUUUCUAUUGUAGUUGCCUGCAAAGGGCAUUGUGAUGGAAAGUGUUAGAAAUGGGAAGUUCUGAAAUUGAAAUCUGGAGUCAUGACAUUCUAGGUUCUUAAAGAGAAUUUUGGGGAUAAUAUUGUUGUUAUGAAAGAUAAAUAUGAACAUCUAAUUUUCUAUGGAGUUCUGCUGUUUAAUUUUUAACUAUGUUAUAAACAAAGUUAGCUUUACUGGAAGAAAGAUUGUGUGCUUUCCAGGUGAUUCAAUACCUGUUACAUCUUGUGGUCUUUAGACAUCAGGGGAAAAUAAGGAUACUUGGACUCAGCUCAAAUUGAAGAAAUGCACUGUAAAUACUCAAAGCAUAUGCACUGAGCAUGUAGAUAAACUCUGAAUUGGCCUGUGGAUCAAUUUUCUAUUUUUCUAAAGGGGAAUUAAUUCAGAAUAUUGUAAUUAAAAGAAGCCCCUCUGAUGCACAAUACUUUGCUUUAUAGACAACGUCAAAAUAUAAAGUUACGUUCUUUAUGGUUUGCUAUUGAUUUAAAGCAUUUUAAAAGUCAUACCUACUUGUCCUUAUAGCAUUUUUUUUUCAGAAUAACAUUAUGAUUUUUCUUAUUUUCAAAAUAAUUUAAAAAUUUAAGCUAAUAUGUUAUUUUGAAUAAUUUCUGGGAAGAUAUCUAUUUCAUUUUACCUGGUUCUAUAGCAAAAAAGAUUUUUUUUUAGAAGUUCAGAACUGUGCAUGAUACUCAAGGAAAAGUCUCUGAAUAUGAUAUAAGUAACAAUAUUCUUGCCACAACUCAUUUUCUUUUUAACUGUUGCAAAUAGAUACGUUUCUCUUUCAACAUUUCUCUGUCAAUAUUAAUAAAGUUAAUCCUCCAUGUUAUGUA